UAAAUUUUUAUUGAUUCAUUUUGUGAUUACUUCAACUUCACAGCCAUACUGUUAUUUGAUCAAAUUGGAAACUUUCAUUCAUCAAUUGGUUGAUCAACAUAAAAUUGUUCAAAAUUGUGCACAUAAAGAAAAUCAAUUUGAAAGGAGUAAAAUGGAAAAACUGAAUCUUUUGUCAACAAACAAAACAUUAAUGAAGACAAUGAAUACAUUUGAUAAUAAUGCUACCAUGUCUAUCCCGGAAAAUUGUGAUCAGCAUCAAAACCCAACAUGUCAUUGUUUCAAUGAAACUAAUCCAGAUUUAUUACAUGUUGAUUAUGAAAUGAGAAUAGUCAAUUGUAGAUUUGAUGCAUGGCAGUUGAAUUUACAAAUUGUUUCAUUGCAACAAGAAUUGUAUGCAUCAAAGUUGGGAAAU